AUGGCAGUACAACAGGAGUACACACUUGUGUGGUUCUUAUUAACACUGGUUCACUUUAACAAUGGUCAACCACAGGUUGUCAAAUUCAUCUCCCAAAACUUCCAUUCUGUUCUACACUGGAAACCACCAAUCAAGACCGAGAACAGUACAAAGUACUUUGUGGAAUAUCUAAGAUAUGAAUUGAAAUGGAGGAAGAAAGCAGAAUGUUGGGGCAUUAAUAAUACUUUCUGUGAUCUCACACAAGAGACUUUACCCAUUGAUGAAUGUUACAAGGCAAGAGUGAAAGUGGACAAUGGAGAAUGGACAUAUAGUAUACAAUUUUGUCCAAGUAUUCACACUAUCAUUUCACCUCCAGAGAUAAAAUUGACCCCCCGUGAAGAAUCAAUCCUGGUCAGAGUCAAUCAUGGACUAAUGAUUCCACACAGAACUUUCAAAGGGAAAAAUAGGAGCAGGAUAUUAGAUUACAAAGAACAUCCUGGUGUUCAAUAUACAAUAACAGUAUCAAUCAAAGCACAUGACCAAAUUCUUUUGGAGGUGUGGACAACUUACACAACCAAAAAUAAAACAUUUGAGAUCCAAAGUCUAAGCCCUGGAAUAACCUACUGCUUGUCUGUUCAAACAAAGAUUGAAGACAACAUCAGUGCCCCUAGUAUGCAGCAAUGUAUAACACUGGCAGAGCGACACAGUGAAGCAAUCUUAUUGGUAAUGUUGUGCUUGAGCAUUGGAAUUGUAUUGAUAUUUAUUCUCCCCCUCAGUUUAUACUCUUUAUAUGAGAACAUAUAUCACCCUCAGGCACAUCUGCCUUCAGUGCUAUCAGGCUGGAAUUCAACAGAGAAAAAUGAUGUGUUUCCACCUCAAUGCAUUGCACAAACAAAUACUGAUGAGUGGGAAUACAUAACUGACCUCAAAGUAUGUUCCAAUCAGCAUGAGGACAUUCAGAAAUUAGAGUCAGUGCCUAUAGAAUAUAGCCAAUGUCAUGCUGAUUAUCAGAACCAAGGACAAGAGAUUCUAGAUUGGGAAGAAGGGGAUACUCUAUCACUAGGACAAGUCAUAGGAUCUGAGCAUCCACAGUAUAUUAAUCAAGUCAUUGUGGAUGAUCCAUUUCUGAAUAACUGGGGAUUGUGCGUACAAGAUGAAUAG